CCAAAAACCACAAAAGCCAGAGACCACAGAAGCCAGAAGCCACGAAAAACAAAAAAAACACACCAGAAAACAAAAAAAUCCAAAAUUAAAUGGCCCUUCAUAUCGAAUCCACGAAGGACCAGAGGACCAAGGGACUAGCGGACCAGUGGACCAGCGGACUGUAGGGGACCAGCGGACCAGCAGACCAGAGGACCAGGGGACCAGCGGACCAGAGGACCGGCCACCUACACGACUGGGAAUUCCAGGGAUUUCAUCGCACAACGAAUAUUUUUUUUGAUUCAGUAAAUAUUUUUUUUCCAAUACCUAUGCCUAUGCCCGCUUGAAGGGUCGGCCCUCGGAAACCACCGGCCGUCCUUGACCCAGUGGUGGAACUCGGUCAACAAAGUCCUGAGAGCAUGGAGAAAGCUUCAACCUUUAAUCAUUGAUACCAACAGUGGCAAACACUCCAAGCACAAAUGACCUCCACGACCUCCUCACCAAGACCCCCCCGCAGCCCCGACCCGCGCCGCGGGACGCGUCACGACCCGCGAAGGACUUGCAGCGGCAGCGGCAGCUGAGCGAGGCGUCCCGGCGGGCCAUGUCGAUCGACUACUGCCGAGAACAAGGCAGUAAUGCCAUGAUGCGCUGGCUCCGCGGCACGCCCAUCGACGUGAAUUACGACUUCCGCCGCUGGCGCAAGCAUCAGGUGGCCACGCGCCAUAUCCUUCUUUGGUCGCCGCGCAAUGCCUUGAGGUGGGAUUUGCUGCGACGACUUCUCUUCCCGGACCUGGCCUGGCUUGGGCUGAACAGCAGCCUCCUAUGCCUCUACAAUGUACAUUUGAUGGCCACGGCUUCACCAAUACUCUCAGUGCCCUUAGUGACGGUGACCAUGCCCUCCUUCGCCUUGGGUCUACUGAUCACCUUCAAGACGCAGAGUGGGUAUGAGCGCUUCAUUGAAGGGCGGACGUUGUGGGAACAUCUUCUGAGAGAGAGCCGGGCCCUUUGUAGCCGCAUCUUGCUGCGGGUGCCCAGCAGCAACGGGACCUUGUGCACGCCGGUCUUCGAAGCGCAGCGCAGGGCGGUGAAGCUCGUGACCUGCUUUCCCGUGGCCUUGAAGUAUCACCUCACUGAGGAUGGGUGCAAUCCCCACAUUCAGCUAGGUGAUCGUGCUCGGGAGGAGGAGGUGCAACGCGCCACGACGCGUGCCUUCCAGGCGGAGUUGGGACGGAUUUGGGACAUGACCUGCCCGGAAGAGCGCGCGAUCGUGGAUCGGAUCCUGACGAGCGCGGCGAAUCGGCCGCUGCAGAUCUUGCAUGAGCUCCAGCAUUUGAAUAGCUCUGUCUUCUCGGUGGCCAAGUUAGGCGGCUUGGACCCGCCUGCCGCCAAUGAGCUGGAUCGCAGCAUUAUGAAGUUGCACAACGUGUUGGGUGCCUGCGAGAAGAUCUUGCGCACGCCCAUCUACACGCCCUACACGCGGUUUACCAGUCGCUUUCUGUUUGUGUGGUGCAAUGCCCUGCCGGUGGCCAUGUUUCCCUUGCUCGGCCCGACCUUGACCGUUCCCAUCACCUUGGUGAUUUCCUUCUUCAUGCUCGGCAUCGAAGACAUCGGCAGCCGGGUUGAGCAGCCCUUCGAUGUGCUGCCGCUGUGGCAGUACUGCGAAGACAUCGAAAACUCCUGCAACCAACUCUUAGAGCACAGUCGCAUGCUAGGGCGCCUGCCCGAGCACACAGAGUCGUUGGAGAAUGCCAUGUUGAGGCAGCAGUUAGGCCCAUUUGUGAGCAGCAUCUCAGUGUGAGAGCAAUCGCUCGAAAAAUCAGUGCGAAUUGGACCAGCAUUGGAUGGCAAUGAGUAUUGUGAGUCAUGUCACCCCUGCCAACCACAUUCUUCAAGGCCAAAUCCGUUUCUGCAU